AUGCUCUGCUUCAAACUGUUCAUUAAGGCCUGCCGUAAACUCGGAGAAGGAGGAUGUGGAGUGAUUUACGAAGUGGCUCUCAUAGCAGCACCUCAUCGACGUUAUGCUUGUAAGGCCGAAGAUCAAGAUGAGGAGAUUUUGCGAAUGGAAGAGAGGGUUAUGCGGAAGAUCAACGAAACUGCAACUUUGCACUGUCCGCGCUUUAUCGAAAGUGGCAAGGUGUGGACUAUUCUGAGAACGGACUACGGAACUCUCAUGAAGUUUUUUGACCUCUGUAUGGGAAUUUUUCAAGCGGUCGACUCACUAAAGGAAGUUCAUAAUGCAGGCUAUGUCCAUCGCGAUGUGAAACCGUCAAAUUAUGCGAUUGGAGAGCCUGGAACGUCAAAAGAGAAAGUGGUUUACAUACUCGAUUUCGGACUCGCCCGAAUACUGCCCGAUGGUAAAGUGGUACUUCGGAAUCCAAGGAAAACCGUGCAGUUCAGAGGCACAACACGGUACUGCUCAAUCAAUGCGCAUAGUCGAGAAGAACAAGGACGACAAGAUGAUUUGUGGAGUGUUUUUUAUAUGCUCGUCGAAAUGCUCAUCGGAAAUUUACCAUGGUGGGCUGGAAUCGAACGAGAAAAGGUCCAGAAAGAAGGUGAACUACUUCAGCAAUGUCCAAAGGAAUUCGAACUGUAUAUCUCGCAUUUGAAGCAGCUUAACUAUGCCAGCACCCCAGAUUAUGAACUUCUGCGUAACGUGCUGUUUCAAGCAUUUAAAAAGAACCAUUUCACAUUAACUAUGAAACUGGACUGGGAAAAAACUGGGGAACAUGGCAGCAUUUAUAGCUGGAACAAUAGCGACUUGCCAAGGGUUAUCUCCAGAGAUUCGACAAACGUGACACUAGAACAGAUACUAAUGAUGCCUGGGGAACUUGAUGAAAUCAACGAAGACGUGAUAUACGCGACAAAUUCUUCCCAGGACGACACUUUGGACGAAAUCAACAGUACAGACAAGGAUAAACCCAAAGAAGUUGAAGUACCAUCAAAGGUUACUUUUGCUCCUUCGAUAAUGUUCGUACUACACCCUUUUGAAAGGAUGAAAGAUAAAGUCUUUGGGCGCUAA